AUGGGUAGUCAGCUUUCACGUAGUGAUUUUCAUUGGGUUUACACUGAUGAGCCACAUACAACACGUCGAAAAGAAAUGUUACAAAAAUAUCCUCAAAUUAGACAACUCAUGGGCCAUGAUUGGCGUAUAGCUGCUCAAGUUAUUAUUACCGUACUUAUUCAAAUUGUAAUGGCAAUUUUAGUUCGAGAUCUUGAAUGGAAAUAUGUAUGGAUUUUAACAUAUAUUAUUAGUGGUACACUGAAUCAUUCACUUUCGAUUAGUUUUCAUGAAAUUGGUCAUAAUUUAGCUUUUGGUAAUCAUAGGCCAAUGGCUAAUCGAAUACUUGGAUAUAUAGCUAAUUUACCAUUAGGUAUUCCAUCAUCUGUGACAUUUAAAAAAUAUCAUAUUGAUCAUCAUAAAUUUCAAGGUGAUGAUAUGUUAGAUCCAGAUUUACCAACAUAUUUUGAAAUAUGGUUAUUUCGAACAUCAAUUGGAAAAUUUUUUUAUAUUGUUGCACAACCAUUACUUUAUUCUAUACGACCACUUGUACGUGUACCUAAGCCAGUAACAUUACUUGAAGCAGUUAAUCUUUUAAUUGAAGCUAUUUUUGAUCUUACAAUUUUUUAUUUUCUUGGUUUUAAAUCAUUGGUGUAUUUACUUUUUGGUACUGUACUUGGUCUUGGUUUUCAUCCUAUUUCUGGACAUUUUCUAUCUGAACAUUAUACAUUUGUUGAAGGAUAUGAAACUUAUUCAUAUUACGGACCAUUAAAUUAUUUAACAUUUAAUGUGGGAUAUCAUAAUGAACAUCAUGAUUUUCCUAACAUUCCUGGUUAUUCAUUACCAAAAUUGAAAAAAAUUGCGCCAGACUACUAUGAUAAUAUACCAUGUCAUUAUUCUUGGACUAAAGUACUUUAUGAUUUUAUUUUGGAUCCAAGAUUAGGACCACAAUCUCGUAUUCGUCGUACAAUACGUUCAGAUGCAUUAAAAUUAAAUCAUGCUAUUGAUUUAAAAAAUAAGCAUAAAGUCAACGAAGUACUUCAUGAUGUUAUUGAUAAUAAUAAUAAUACACAUUCAGUACAUUUAUCAAAAGAAGAAAGAAAAUUAAUAUAUAUGAAAAAACAUUCCAACAAACAACAUACAACAACAUCUGCCAAUAUCGAGCAAAUAUCAACAGUAACUACCAACGGAUAUCAUUCAAAAAAUGAAUAA